UUCCGGGGGACUUAGGUAAUCAGUUGGAAGCCAAGUUAGAUAAGCCAUCAGUAGUGCACUAUCUCUGCUCUAAGAAGACAGACAGUUAUUUUACACUGUGGCUGAAUUUAGAAUUGCUUCUGCCUGUCAUCAUUGACUGCUGGAUCGAUAAUAUCAGGCUGGUAUAUAAUCGAACAAGUAAGAUUACAGAACCACCAGAUGGAGUGGAUAUCAGAGUCCCAGGUUUUGGGCAGACGUUUUCCUUGGAAUUCCUUGACCCAAGUAAAAGGAGUGUUGGCAGUUACUUUUAUAUGCUGGUGCAGAGUUUAGUAGAUUGGGGCUAUAAACGCGAUGAAGAUGUAAGAGGAGCACCUUAUGACUGGCGAAAGGCACCAAAUGAGAAUGGAGACUAUUUUGUGGCCCUUCGCAAGAUGAUAGAGUUGAUGUAUGAGCAGUAUGGAAGUCCUGUUGUCUUAAUCGCCCACAGUAUGGGUAAUAUGUACACCCUCUACUUCCUCAACCAUCAGACUCAAGAUUGGAAAGACAAGUACAUAAAGGAUUAUGUGUCAUUAGGCGCUCCGUGGGGAGGAGUGGCUAAAACUCUCCGUGUGUUGGCUUCAGGUGACAACAACAGAAUACCUGUUAUCAGUUCACUCAAGGUUAGAGACCAGCAGAGGUCAGCAGUUUCCACAAACUGGAUGCUCCCCUACAACUACACAUGGCCUCCAGAUAAGGUCUUUGUAAGCACACCUACAGCUAACUACACUCUUCAAGAUUACAAAAAAUUCUACAGGGACAUCAAUUUUGAAGAUGGCUGGCUCAUGAGACAAGACACUGAACCCCUCGUCUACCAGAUGAUACCACCUGGUGUGCGUAUACACUGUCUUUAUGGUACUGGCGUGGAAACACCUGAUUCCUUCCAUUAUGAAAGUUUUCCUGACAAAGAACCCAAGAUUCUUUACAGCGAUGGGGAUGGUACAGUAAACUUACAGAGUGCCUUGCAAUGUCGAAAGUGGGUGGACAUGCAAAAACAGGAAGUGGUGAUAUUUGAGCUUUCAGGAAAUGAGCAUAUUCAAAUGCUCUCCAAUGAUACGACCAUCUCCUAUGUGAAAAAGCUGCUUUUUGAUUUGUGAUACAUUGUGUUGACGGUUGUUUUCCUCACCUGUGAUGCCUUCCCUUAAAUAUGGGGAAAAUGCCUUUUAAUCCCUUGAUAUUUAGAUAUUUGAAUUAUU